AUGACAACCGAGACCCCUGCCCGAGCCAGCCUCGUCGCACUGGUCCGUGACGGGGGCUCGGCUGAGGCCGUCUCGCACCUGGUGGCCUCGGGCGCUGGACUGGACGAGGUGGACGGCAGCGGGCGGACGGCGGUGUACUGGGCAGCCCGCCUGGGCCUGGCCGACCUGGUCGCUGCUCUGCUGGCUGCUGGCGCAUCGCCUCUGCUACGCGAGCGUGGAACAAAGGCGAGCCCGCUGGCUGCCGCUGUCGCCCACAACAACAUCCUCGCCGUCGACGAGCUGCUCCGCUGCGGACGCGAGGUCGGCCUCGACGCCCAGGACGCUCAGGGGAAGACACCGCUGCACAUUGCCGCAGAGUGGGGCUUUACUCACAUUGUCCUCCGCCUGCUUGACGCCCACCCGGCCCUGGAUCUUGCGGACAACGAAGGCCGCCUGCCUGUUCAUCUCGCCGCAAACGACGACAUCAAAGCCCUACUGGACGCUGCCAACGCUGCAGAGGCCGAUCUUGGCCUUCCGCACGUCGGCGGGAGCGUGCUCGACUCAUCGUGGCGGCCGCAGCAGCCGCCGCCUUCGCAGAUGCUGGUUGACUCGCGGGUCGAUCUCUCACUGGAGGACGCUCUGGUCCAGGAGGAGGUCUCCGAGGUCAAUCGCCUGCUCACCCGCGAGCUGAACGCCCGUGCCGUCGACCCAUACCUCACCCCGAUGGUCCUUGGCGUGGCACGUGACGUUCCAGCGGUUGCUGCUGCCAAGGCAGAGUUUGAUGCCCGUGUCGACGAGCUCCGCAAGGCCUCGAUCGCCCGCAAGGAGUGGCUCUCUGCCGAAAUGGUGCAUGCCGAGGGCGCCAGCGACCGAUUGCAGCUGCUAAUGGAGGCCGUCCACGCCGACCAGAUGGCCGACAACGCCAUGCUUUCCAAGCUCGGACACGAGAUUGAUGCGCUUAUGCCGUCUGAGGCCUCGGGCGAUGCCGCUAACGCCCCGCUCCGCGCCUUUCGCAACGUUCACAGCUCGACCACAUGGGCCCGCGCCAAGGCUGCCUCUCACGCCCGUGCUCGCCCGGCUCACCUUGGCUACGACGUCCUCGCGCCAGCGCAAGUCAUCCCGAGCACGCUCGGCGCUCCCACUACCGGUGAGUCUGACAUUGUGCUCACGGCCUCGGCCCGCCUGGUCAACGCUGCCUCUGGCGCGCUUGUCCCGGCUUUGGCUGACGGGACGCUGCUCCUUGCGCCGGACACCGGCCUGCAGCUCGACUGGGAGGUAGUGCUGGCCGGCGAUGGUGCGCUCCGGCACGUUAUGGGCGGUUUUGUCUGCCGCGGACCCCUCAGCUGCGCGCUCGAGUGGGGCGCUGACGUGGCGGCCAUGGUUGGCUCUGGCUCGACGCCUCUGGCACUAGUGCUUGACGUUGCAGCAACUGCGACGCCCGAUGCUGUCGUUCCGGUCUUUGUUCGGCUACAUGUGGCGGUGGCUGCCGCACUGGCGCCGGACGAUGGCGCCAACAGUAGCAGCUCGCAGAGCAAGCCGGCGACGUGCCGGGUAGUGGUGCGGACCACCGCCAGCGGCAAGGUCCAUGUAUACAACGGCUAG